ACUAGAGGGGCGUGGUUGUAUACGGUGGCCGGCAGGACAUCGGAGGCGGCCGUCUCGGCAGCGGGAUGGAGUCGGUGGUGUUCAUUUUUUCGCUCAUUGAUUGCUGUGCUCUGAUUUUCCUUUCCGUUUAUUUUAUAAUUAUACUAUCAGAUUUGGAAUGUGACUACAUUAAUGCUAGAUCUUGCUGCUCAAAACUAAAUAAAUGGGUGAUCCCUGAAUUGGUUGGCCACACCAUGGUCACUGUAUUAAUGCUUAUUUCACUGCACUGGUUCAUCUUCCUUCUCAAUUUACCUGUAGCAACCUGGAAUAUAUAUAGGUAUAUUAUGGUUCCCAGUGGAAACAUGGGAGUAUUUGACCCAACAGAGAUCCAUAAUCGAGGACAGUUAAAAUCACAUAUGAAGGAGGCCAUGAUUAAGCUUGGGUUUCACCUUCUUUGUUUCUUCAUGUACCUUUACAGGUUUACACUGUCACAUCUUGUGACUCUCUGGGAUGUCACACUGCAACUCAUCCAGGAAAGGGAUUCAAGACCUGGAUAUAUCUAAUGUUAAACAAUCCAGAAAGGCACCUCUGUUGCUUUCGGAAACACAUCCCCAAACUUAACGGCUGACACUUAAUCCACAUGCAGCAACAGCAAAGGUUGUCACCACUUAAUUGAACUUGUGAUUCCCAUG